GCCGGCCCAUGCCGCUGAGCGCCCGGCGGGCCGGAGGAUGGAGUGCGCCCUCGACGCCCAGUCGCUGAUCAGCCUGUCGCUCCGCAAGAUCCACAGCUCGCGCACGCAGCGCGGCGGCAUCAAGCUGCACAAGAACCUGCUGGUCUCCUAUGUGCUCCGCAACGCCCGGCAGCUCUACCUGAGCGAGCGCUACGCCGAGCUCUACCGCCGCCAGCAGCAGCAGCAGCAGCAGCAGCACCCGCCGCCGCAGCAGCAGCCCUACCUGGAAGGCGGCAUGGCGGGGGCGCCCGGGCCCGCCUUCGGCCCGCCGCCGCCGCUCCAGCCGCCCGACGAGGAAGACGGGCUCGUGCAGGCGCGCAGCUGCGCCCUGGCGCGGGCCGCCGAGGCGCUGGAGAUGCCCGGCGCGCUGCUGCCGCACGAGCCGCCGCCACCGCCCGCCCCGUCGGGGCUCUGCAGGGACUCGCCGCUCGCCUUCUACCAGCGCGGCGCCGCCGCCGCCGCUGCCGCCGCCUCCCCGCCCGGCUUGCUUUACGCGCCGCCGCCGCCGCCGCCUGGGACCUGUGACUUCUCGGCCGCCGCCGCCGCCAGCAGCGGCGCGCCGUCGGGGCUGCCCCCGGCCGCUCCGGCGCACUGCUCCAGCCGCACCACCGUCCUGGACCUGGACACGCACGUGGUGACCACGGUGGAGAACGGCUUCUUGCCGCCGGACUGCUGCGCGCAAUGCCCGUGCUGCUGCCAAGGCGCCGCGGCCGGCGGCGGGGGGUGCCCGCCGCCCAGCCCGGGCUCCAAGCGCAAAUACUACCCGGGCCAGGAGCCGGAGCUCGGCGCCGUCCCGGCCGCCCCCCGCGGCCCCGCGGAGCCUCACCCGCCGGCGCCGGCGCCGCCCCUGCCCGUGGCCCCCUUUGUCCCCUGCCCCAAGCGCGCCCGCUUCGAGGACUUCCCCGCGGAGCCGCCCGCCGCCGAGCCGUCCAACAACAUCUCCAGCCUGAUCUCCAUCUUCGGCUCCGGGUUCAGCGGGCUGGUGAGCCGGCAGGCGCAGGCGCCGCACCCCCAGCCCCACCAGCCGCACCCCCACAACCACCAGCACCAGCACGCGCAGCAACAGACGACGCCGACGCCGCAGCAGCAGCAGCAACAGACGCAGACGGACUCCGAGCAGCCGCUUAACGGACAGCUGUGCAGCAAGCAGGCCUUGGCUAGCUUGGGCGCUUGGACGCGAGCCAUCGUGGCUUUUUAGACGGGGCGGACG